AUGGGAAAAACGGGACAAAAAUGUUCACAUUGUCAUCAAAGAAACCACACUGUAAGAUCAUGCAAAGAAAAUAAAUGCGAAUCUUCAUUAUUAUGUGGCUUGCUUUCGAAACAUCCUGACGAGAAAAAACAAUUUGAUGAAAAAAAACGCGCUGUUGCUGCCAGAGAAACAUCUCUCAAGAAACUACAACAAGAACUAACAUCCCGCCAAAAUUCGUUUUACCGUGUGAACAAUUCCGUUAACAUGAACAUUGAAGAUAUGUUAAUUCAAGAAUAUCCCGAAGAUUAUGUGAUAGACGGUACUCGCAACUGGUUAAAACUCCAGAAAGACGUCGCUCUUGUUAAAAAGAACAUCCGAACUAGCAGUGAUAUAACGCGAAGUAAGAUUAGAAGCAUACUAAGCACCAAUGCUGGGCUCAGCUUACCACCGAGAAUGGACAGCGAAUUUGAUAAUAAACCACAAAAAACAGCAAUGCAAUGUAAACUGGAGUCGUACGGGGUGAAUUUUCCAAUUAGAUCGAUGUCCAAGACGAAAAAAUGCGAGUCGGUCGACAUGGCUUUUUCUACAUAUUUGCAACCUAACAGCGAAGAUGAAGAGAUCGAACAGCUAAGAAUGGCGACAAAGCUUUCUUUGGUUACUAAAGAGCCGAGUAUGUUAGACAUUGCGGUCGACGAUGUUAUGAAUACUGGUGAGACACAGGGUGAGGCAUAUGAUCAUGGUAUGAGUGUUGAAAAGACAAACAAAGACUCGAACGAAGAAGCGGCAAACAUUCUUUUAGGCAUGAGCCGUGUUCGUGGUAAUAUGGAAAAUAACAAUCUGGUAUGA